AUGGAACCACCUCCUCAGCGACGGAUGGGACUACGGUCGCCAGUCCCUCCUGCCUCGUCUGUUUCGCCGAAUCCAUCACGCGCAGGCUCGAAGCAGAGCAACCGACCCAGUUCGAGCGGCAGUGACACCUCGGGCUCUUCACGUCUUUCAGUUGUCAAGAGAUCUCCCUACAACCAACAAUUGCCGACCCCUCCGCCCGAAUUGCAAAAGCACCGCCCAAGACAGCACUCACAGGGUUACUUCGAACCCUCGAUGCCUUCCGCCUCCCUAGCCAGCCAGUCUCAGCUACACGAUCACACCGGGAUGCCUACACUCAAUCCUUCUCAAAUUGCCGCCCAGGCUGCAAUGCAGCAUCUGAAUGCGACGAACCAUUCCCGCAAGAGAUCGCAGACAGUACCAUUUCCACAAGAGCAGACCCAGCAGGAAGGUCGCCGUAACAGCAGAGGGUCGGCAGGCUCUCACGAGGGCCAAUCCCCAACCACAGCGGAGCAACAGUAUCGCAAUGGACUAGUGGGCACCAACGCAGCAGCAACGGCAGCUAGCGUGGUAUUCCCAAGGAAUUUUGCAUCAACUAGCCAAGUGUCGUUGGUGGAGGAGGAAAAGUCAAAGAAAGGCCUGAAGAGAUUUAGACCGAAACACAUUGUGCUAUCAAGGGACAAGGACAAAGAGGCUAAAGAGAAGCCGUUGCCGUCGCCAAACCGUCUGGCACCAAGUGGUUUGUCGAAGGUUAUGAAUGCCUCUACCUCAAGCCUUGCGGAGUCACUGUCGUCUAAUUCCUCCUCCUUAUAUCAGCUUGCUAACCCAUCGUCAUCAACCAUCGUACCAUUUCCAGAGCAAAGGGAGCAGAAAGACAAGACUCACAAGCACCAUGGUCUACGUCAAAAAUUAAAACUCAAGGAUAAAGAUGAGACCUUUGCCCUUCCAUUGUCUUCUGCCAGCUCAAACUCUCGUCCAGUGGAUGUCAACAACCCACAGUCUCUCUACUCUUUUGCUCCACCAUCACCCAAUCCAUCAUCCAACUUUGCCAAGUCAGUCUCUGGGCUCGAUCUUCGGCAUGGGGGUCGAGCUCUGCGGGAGAAAAAGAAGGAAGAAAAAGCCCAGGCAGCCUUCGCCAAUCUUGAACCUGUCUAUAGCCGGGGAGAAAGCGACACCUCCGAAUGGCCUUCCCUAGGGACCAGCUUUACCAAUCAAUCGGUUAGCAAUUUCAACACAUACAGCGAGAUCAAAGAAGCAGGAGCGAACUUUGGUCUUUCCAACAUGUCUGCAGAUGAUGCCUGGGACCUGCUCAGGGCAAAGAUAUUGGUGACAUUUGAAGGGGAGGACGUACGAAUAGCUGUCGAGGAUCUAAACAAGCUCGUCACAAUUCACGUGCAGAGGUGCGUGCAAAGGAAAGAUCCUAGUAUUGUCAUUGGUGAUCUGGAAGAUCUCUUGAAGACUGGGUUUCUAAGCCUCAAUCAUACCUUGCGCAAUGCUGCCGAUAACAGCCUAGUACCUAAGCUGGUAGGCAUAUGGAUGGAAGUAUUCGGCAAAAUCCUCCCAUUCAUGCAAGCUGUCUUUCUUCCCCUUGAUCAAGAGUUCAAGGGCAGAGGCACAAUACUAACUACCCCCAAGAUGGCCGCAGAAUUCUGGGGAGCUCUACCGAGCCAUGAAAGUGGGAGUAAGCUAUCGUCAUCACCAGCAUCUGGAGAGGGCGCAGACUUUGUGGUUGCAGCGGGCGAGGAGCUGGAGGUGAGACGGAUCCUGCUCAUCAGCUACCGGGAUACUAUCGUACUGCCACGCUACGAGGUGCUGAAGUCGACCUUCUCGCGACUGAGUCUGGACAGCAUCAACGCGUCCAUCAUGCAAUUUGAAAAUGGGAACAGAAACCGCGGCAACAGCGGUGGAAGUGACAGGCCUGGUACUGCUCAGGGCACCGAGCCAACAUAUGGAAGCUACAAUUCCCAGACCAGUACAUUGCUCGGCAGUAUGACGUCCGGCGGCAGGUCUCGCGCAACAUCCAAUCUGUCCGUGGUGAGCAAUCCCGCACAGGACGUGGCCUUCCAAUCAUUUAGCUCUCCUCCAGCAGCAAGGCCGACAGAUAGCUCAUCAUCGCACGUCACAGAAACAGUGGCUCGAAUGCUCCAGUGCCUCUCGGUGUUGUGUUCGAUUCAGUCUGGAGACGAAGCUCAGAAUCGGAUGGAGGAACUCAACAAGCAAUUGAAAUUGAACUGGCUAGGUCGGGGCCGUACCGGUAGGAAUCGGAAGGGUUUUGUUGGGAGCAAAGUGCGACCCAUGGGACGUGGGCUUGACCGCGAAGGGAGUCCCACGCCUACGCCUACUCGACAGGGGACUGUGAGCAGGCAGAGCGACGAUGCUGGAUGA